AUGAGCUCGGACUGGGACGGCGGUGGUGGCGGGGGCGACGAGGACGCCUUCCGCACCUACCAGGGCCGCCACUCCAUUGCCAGCUAUGAGAAGCCCUUCUGGCAGAAACCGAUCUUCUCCUAUGGCAUCCUGGCCGUCUCUAUCCUGUUCCUCAUCGCAGGAGCGGUGAUGCUCGGCGUCGGCAUUCACAACAAUAAUAAGGAGCAGAAGCAGGUGACCGUGCCGGUGCCGGGGACAUGUCCCACCCAACCUGCCCCAGCGGUCAUCAACCCCUUCUAUUCGACCCUCGAUUUUACGGACAUUAAUUAUGAUGACGUCAAGAAUGACUAUGAGGGAAGCGCAGCGUCAAUUCGGACGAGAAUCCUCGGCCAAAUGGCCAUGAUUUCUGAGGACUACGAUCUGGAAGUUUUCCCGACAAGUAAUCUGAAGGUCAAUAUUCUCGGAAUCUCUGAAGCAAAGCAGGGCGUCAAUGUCAUUACUGCCCUCAUUUUCCCCAUCGAUAUUUCUGGGUUCGAGGUGCAGAAGAAGCUGGAGUCGAUGAAGAAUGUGGUGGUGAACCAGGUUACUGGUGCCACUACUCCGCAGAUACCUACACAAUGCCCGACUUUCCCGACCCAAGGGCCAGCCACUACGACAUAUCCAGUCAAUCCGAACGUCAGGGACCUUGUGCUAUUGAUCGAUUCUUCGACGGCUUUGCAGCAGGCCGUGUUCUUGAAGCUAAAACCCUUCCUCUACAAAACCCUGGCCCCAAAACUCAGCAUCGGCAAUGAUACCCUCUUGGCGGCCGUGGGAGAAUAUGACGAUCACCACUUCAACAUGUACGACCUGUUCGACGCGCAGACGGCUGGCGAGCUGGCGAACGUCAUCGGAUUUUACAUGAAUUAUGAAGGGAAAUAUGGGCCUGGUAUUUACAAUGCACUAAAGCGUGUCAACAUUCUGCACAGCGCUGGGAGAAAUGCGCCGAGGACGAUCUUGAUGGUGACGGCGUCAAGGGGAGACUACAUCGUGAUGCUGGGUGUUGGAGCGGGUGUGAAUCCAGAUAUUUUGACAAUCCUGGCAACGGCUCCAAACUACGUCUUGACCAGCAAGGACCUUUCCGAAGGAGAUACCCUGGCGACUAGCUUGAUUUCUGCCAUCUACGGAUAUACGGUCCCUGUUACAACCGCAGCUCCACCCACACCUCCCUACACCUGCAACCCGGAUAUUGCCAUACUUUUCGAUGCCUCGACGGCUGUCGGAUCGGAGGAUGAGAUGGGCAAACAAGUCGGCUUCUUUACCGGAAGAGUCAUUCCAACCUGGACAGUGUCGCCAAAUAGCACAGAAGCUGCCGGAGCGAUCUAUACAAAUGGCUACGCGUUUGUCGUCCCGGGAGCUUACGGCUAUUCAACCACCCAGGCCUUCAUCGACGAUCUCAACUCCUACGGUGACGACUAUUAUGGUGGAAACCCAAACAUUACCAACGGUCUCUCCCUUCUUCGCUUCUUGUCCUUGACCUCGCGUGGCAAUUACCAAACCGCCAUUUUGGUCACUUAUUCGAGUGACUACAACGACGUAAAAGCGGCAAUCCCGAUUGCUCAGGCUUGGGAUGGAAACCUGAUUAUUCUGGGAAUAGGUCCCAGUGUUGAUGGAGAUUUGCUAGGUGUUUUGACCGGAAAUGUGAUCACCAAGCUGGCUUAUGAUGACGAUGCUGCCUAUCAGUACAAGGAAAAACGCGUCGCUUUUCCAGAUCAACAGUAUGAUCUGCACCAAACGACCUCCGCAUGGACUUUCUACUACCUCGCCGGGUACUGUAGCCACGAGUACGAUUACAACAACUACCACGAAGGCUCCUUUCACCGAGGCUCCGACUACUACCCCGCUGCUCCUUGCCCCGAUUGUAAACCCGACCGCUCCUCCCUGCUCGUCGUCUACGACAUCAGCAUCGCCUUAUUGCCAACUGACUUCGCGAACGUCCUAAAAUUCUUGAGCACGGACUUGUUUGGCAAGUGGAACCACUGGGAACGAGUGGCACUCGCUGGAUUUGGAGACAAUGCCCAUUUUAUCGAUUUGGCCAACUAUCGCGACAUCACCAAUCAAAACGACGCUUCGAUUUUGGUGAACUCUCAGGGCAGGAUUGCAUCAAAACCUGAUGUCGCUGCCGCUCUACAUCACGCUGUCCAACGCUAUACUCCGCUGGCUGGAUACGGUAUUCAGCAUACAAUUCUUUUCACGAGCACGGCAAACAAUAUCGUAGCUGCCCAUCCGUAUGCUGACGCAUUAAGGGCCCUAGGAACGUUAACUGUUGUCGGAAUCAACUGGAGUGACAUGACACCAUUCGUCCCACUCGCUACUACAGGAGCUACUAUUGCUUGGCCGGCCACGACAAAUACUACCGGGCUUUCGGAUGCUAUUGAUGCGACGCUUGUGGCCCCUCCUACGACCACGCCCGGUCCGACAACUACUACCACUGGCGGAACUACAACAGCUAUCCCGACCUCUUCCGUCCAACCCACCGGACCGUGCCAACGUGCUGUCAUCCUACUUAUCGAUGAGUCCCUGAAGGUCCCUGGUGCCCAAUUUAAUGACUACAAACAAUUCCUGUACGCGCUGACCGGCUCCUGGAUCUUCUCGAGGGAUCAAUUCUCUGUGGCCGCAAUCGCCUAUACCAAAUCGAUCAUCACUGAAAUCGCGACGUUCGACCUGAAAUCCGCGGAGGAGCUCAAGGCUCUGAUUGAUGCGGAUGUGACUUGGCACAGCACGUCUCCGGCUGGAAUGACAAAGGUUCUAAAAACGGCAGUGGGACUGAAGGUGCCUCUUGUGGAGGGUGUGACGACAAUUUUGGUGACGGCUUCGAGCGAUCCCGAUGACAUCAACUCGGCCAUCCCGUACGCAAAUCAGCUGAAGCAGAAUGGUAAUACCGUCAUUACCGUAUCGAUGGAUGCCGAUGCCAGCCCGCUCUCCUCCGGUCUCGACUUCGCCUUUGAACUCGACACCUUCGACGCCUUCGAUGUUGCCCGACAAAUCAAUGCCAUGAUUUGCAAGAAUGGACCGGCGCCUCCGACUACGACAACACCUACUACUCAAGCUCCGACCACAACUACUCAACCUCUUCCAUUCCCCUGCCAGCCCGACAUCGCGCUCCUGAUUGAUGGUAGUGGAGCUGUGGAGGGAGGGGCAGAUGGUGUUAGGAAGGUUUCCGACUUCAUCGUAGAUCCGUUGUCUCGGAAUUGGCCUAUCAUGCUCAACCACACCGAGGCGUCAAUUUACUUCUAUUCACGACAGGGUAACCUCGUGCUCGGCGGAAAGACUUACGAAUACGUGGAUCUCCAAGAAUUCCACCAGGCUUUGAUCAAUCAUGGAGAUAUCUAUUACGGAGGAGAUCCAUCGAUCAAUGAAGGUAUCAAAUUCAUGCUGAACCAUGAGCACUGGCAGAGAGGACAACCUCAUGUGCUGCUCCUUUUCACUUGGUCAAGCGUCUACUCCGACAUUGCAGCGGCUGUAAACCAAAUUAACCUGAUUCAAACUGGUUCCAACGUUAUUGUGGUUGGACUUGGAAACAAUGUGAAUGCCGACUAUCUGGCGGCGUUGUCACCUAGGAUCCUUUGGGGAGCGUUGGACCAGAGCUUGGCUGAUCAGAUCAACGACCUCAUCUGUCAAGGCAACACCAGUCCUGGGACUCUUCCGCCUACGAAUCCGCCUACUACCACCCCGUUGACGACGACAACUACGACCACGGCAUUUGUACCACCAACUACAACGGUAAACCCAGUACCAUGCCCCGACUGCGUCCCAGCUUUGGCGAAUCUUGUCGUAGUCAUCGAUGCUUCUGGAAGUACGAAGGAUACGUUCAACGACGAAAUCCUCGCCGCCAUCACAAUGCUGAACGGCUGGAACCACUUUGAACGAGUUGCCCUCGCCGCUUUUGGAGACACAGAUGCCCACUACGAGAUCCUUGCCCAGUUCGGAGACCUCAGAAACGCUGGUGAUGUGAACGCUACGCUGUCGAGUGCUGUCGUACAGCGAUAUGGUGGUGCGGGAAGCUUGACCAGUGCUUUCAAGAAGACGCUUCGUGCUUUCGAGCCAAACAGCAAGUACGGCUAUGAGAAGACGAUCAUCUUCACGGGGACUGCAACGACCCUUGACAUAAACACGGCUUCGGUCUACGCCCAAGCACUAAUGGCUAGAGGACAAGUUGUGGUUAUUGGUGUCGGACAAGCGGACGUAUCCGCCUUCCAGCCCUUGGCUACCCCGGGUGAUGCUCUGGCUUGGCCAACAACUUCGGAUUUGAAUAUUACGAACACGGUCACUGGGAUUUUGAACUCAAGCAUUCCCACGACGACUCCCGGACCAACUACGCUACCACCGACGACCACUACCACGACGCUUCCAUCCACACCAUCCACUCUUCCGGCAGUCACCACGACAUCUCCAAGCAGUGCGGCCUGCCAGCGUGCUGUCGUGUUGUUGAUCGAUGUGUCGAAUGCUAUCCCGUCGGAUUCUUAUGAUGGACUCAAAGAAUUCGCGCGUCAACUGGUUGUCUCGUGGAGUGUCGGCCCGAGCGGCUACAACGUCGCCGGAUUCGGCUUCACCGGCCAGUCUCUCGAGUUGAUUGCCGACUUCGACCUGACGAGCACGCAAGAAUGGCUGAAUCUGGUGGAGGACAAGGUCAAUUACCGCCCGGCUCAACAUGGUGGAGUCUACAGUGUGAUGCACGCGGUCGCUAGUCUGGAUUUCCCCAAGAAUGUUUCUGUCACCACGAUUUUGCUGACAGCUUACAGCAACAGCGACGACUUGAACCGCUCGAUUCCGUUCGCCUACCAGUUGAAGCAGAAUGGCAAUUCCUUGAUUACCGUAUCGUUCGGAGGAGCCGACGCGUCAAUUCUCUCCUCUGGCGACGGUUUCAACUUCCGCACCGACGACUACAAGGGCAAUCAAUAUGUCGCAGCCGUGAAUCAGAAGAUUUGUGCUGAAGGACCCCCACCACCCGUGACAAUGCCUCCAACGACCACGACAGCUGCCCCGACUACCGUACCCAGCCAAUUCGUCUGUAACCCAGACAUCGCCAUUGGCAUUGAUUCGAGUUCGGCUGUUGGCAGUAUGGCUGUGUUUGGCAAUUUGAUCGACUUUGUCGCCUACAAACUCGGCUCCACCUGGCCGAUCAAUCGCAACGAAACAGAAGCUGCCGCAAUUUUGUAUACAAAUACGACCGCCUUCAACGUCUACAACACGUUCAACUACGCGCAUGCCAGUGACUUCACGAUCGAGGUGGCUCGGCACAACUAUGAUUAUUACGGAACACCUCCAGGAAUGCAUCAAGCAAUCCUACAAACAAUGCGAUUGUCCAACCGCCGAUUGACGCAGCCGAAGGUGUUAGUACUGUUCACCUAUUCGAGUGGUUAUUCCGAUGCGGCCACUUCGAUCGAUACCCUGGACCUGCUCGACCAGCAACUGGGCGGGAUGAAUCUGAUUAUUGUGGCACUGGGCGACCAAAACCAAAUCAACACCGACAACCUGCAAGCCAUGAGCCCCCGUGUUCUUACUGGGUCGCUGGAUGACAGCAUGGUCAGUAUGAUCAACAACAUGAUCUGCCAAGGCAACACCAAGCACGGCACCCUCGGGUCUACUUCUGCGCCGACUACCACGACUCCAACGACCACUCCGACGACCCAAACUUUUGCCCCGCCCACUACCACCAAAAUCGCUCCCCACUGCCCUGAUUGCAUCCCGAAGGCUUCGAGUCUGCUGGUUGUUCUCGAUGCAGCUACUGGGGGAUCGCUUGACCAGCAAAAGAUCGUCGCCAAGAAGCUGGCCACACAGUGGAAUCACUUUGAGCGGGUUGCACUAGCUGCGUUUGGUGACACUGACAAGCAUUACGAGGUUGUCGCACAGUACCGUGACAUGAAAAACUCGGAUACAUUUGCCGCUUUUGUCGACACGAUCUAUGCAGUAAAUGGAGCGCCAAGCUUGACCCUGGCUUACAAACGCACCGACAACUCCUUCGCGCCGUCGUCGGAAUGGGGAGAUCAACAAGUUGUCAUCUUUUUGACGCAAAGGUCCGCUGACGAUGUCCGAACUGCAGCUCCGUACGCUGACAAACUUUUCGCGAAGGGCUCCGUCAUUGUCGUCGUCAUCGGGUCAAACGAUGUCGCCCAAGUCGAACCUCUCGCCUCCCCGAAUUCUGCAAUUGGUUGGGCUGAUGUCAAGGAUACGGACACCAUCGUCGGACAAAUCGAGAAGCUGUUGGACCCGAACCCAGUUACUCGUGGUCCAACCACGGCCGGACCUAGCAGCUUGGCCCCCAGCUCCACGAAACCCAGCUCGGCUGUGCCGACAAGUUCCGGACCGACCCCUACUGGAGCAACGACAGCCCCAGCACCAUUCUGCCCUGACUGCAACCCACCUACCGCCAACCUUCUCCUACUGCUCGAAAAUUCUGGUGCCUUGACGAACGACGUCUUCCAAGCACAACUCGCUGUCGCCCUGACCGUCGUCCAGGGAUGGAACCACUUUGAGCGGGUCUCCAUUGGCUCCGUGGCAACAACGUUCAACCAGAAUGCUGAAUAUGGUACACUCAACAAACUGGAUGACGCCUAUGUGACCAUCAAAAGCAUUAUGCAACUCCCCAAGCCGGACGUGAAUCUGAAUGCGACUCUGGCGCAAGUCCUCAAACUCGCCAAGCCCCUCGCUGACUUCCAGUACCAACGAGUUAUCCUCUUUACAACACAAACGGAUGUCAACGACAUUGUUGCCGCGGCAACUACUGCGGCCACCCUUAGAAGCAUGGGUUCGGUGACCAUCGUUGGAAUUGGCGUCGAGGCCGUCGCCAUCUACAACGACUUGGCCACACCGAACGACGCGAUCAGCUGGACCAACUAUCAGGAUCAUGCUACGGUCGCCAGGCAGAUUGACGUCACCCUUGGCGAGCAAUUUGGAAGCACUUCUGCAGCUCCACCUGCGGCUUCGACUACAGUAUCCUCGCCUGCGACUAGCACUUUCACGACGAUUCCGACAAUUCCAACCAGCCAAGGACCGACCACCUCAGGGCCUUUCUGCGCAGAUUGCAACCCACCAAGGUCGAAUCUGUUCGUAAUUUUCGACCGUUCAGCAACCAUUUCGGCCGCAGACUACCUACAGGAGCAGGGCGCUGUCCUGACCCUGGCCAGUACCUGGAAUCACUACGAACGUGUCGCACUCGGCGCCUAUGACAGCAGUUUCAACCUCGUCGCCUAUUACUACGAUAUUACUUCCAUCUCAGACGUGCACACAUACCUCACGGGCGUCCAACAGAGCCCCGGCACCAAGCCCGACUUGGCCGCAGCACUCGAAAGCGCGCUGAAACAGGUGACGCCUACCGCGGAUUUCGGACCUCAGAAAACGACGCUAUUCAUCUCAGUAACCGACCCGGCGGAUAUUGCCAGGGCCACUCCGGCUGCACAGAAACUCCAAGCACUUGGCUCACUGACUGUUGUCGGACUGAACAUGGCCACCGCCGAUAGUUUCAAAGCCUUGGCUUCACCCGGAGGAGCCAUCGCUUGGCAGAAUACAAGCGAUGUUAAUGCCGUUGUAUAUGAUAUCGACAACACCCUUGGAGAACUGCCAACUACCACAUCUGGCCCAACACUUGGAAGUACGACAAAUCUCCCUAGUGUUGCCCCCGGAAAGUGCAAAAAGGAUAUUUUACUCAUGAUCGAUACAAGCUCCUCGAUGAACGGUGUCACCAACUUUAAUUUGGUCAAGAAUUGGGUCAGGAACACCCUGGUACCACAGUGGGACCUCAGCUCUUUCACCCUUGCCAUCGCCACAUACUCUAACAAAAUCAACAUGAUCAUGCACUUUGGUGACUCGGCUAACCUGGCUGAAGUACAACAACUCAUCGAUCAGGCCCAAUAUAUUGGAAAUGGCUACGCUCUGGACAAGUCGCUGCAUGAAGCCCUUGGCCUUUUCCCGAACACCCUGAUGACGACGGUGAUCAUCACAGCUAAUGGGGAUAUCGGCAAAGCGAAGCAGUAUGCGGAUCAGUUGAAGCAGGGCGGAAACACUAUAUCCGUGUUGGCACUGGAGGAUGUGAGGACCGACGACUUGGAGAAGAUCUCGUCUGGACUCGGCUUCCUCUUCCAAGACAACCCGACGCUACUUGGAGACAAAGUUGCUGGGUUGUUGACGACGUCUCUGUGUCUCCCGGCCCCGACGACACCUGCGCCACCAACGACACCAAGCACCGUUCCAACCACCGCCUUCCCCGAGCAGUUCACCUGCGACCCCGAUAUCAUGCUCCUCCUCGAUUGCUCAAAUGCCGGCAACGCCGAGCAGUUCACCAAGAUGAUCAGCUUCCUCGCCAACUGGCUUGCCCCCACCUGGGACGUCAACAUGAACAAGACCAAUGCGGAAAUCCUCCAUUAUUGUGAUGGCCAAACUGCGCUGGGCCAUGGCUUCUUCAAUUUUAACAGCACGGACCAGCUAGUCUCGGAGCUCAUGGGUGAUGUUCGUUUUUAUGAGCCGCAUUGCGAGCCGGCGAUGGACGAUGGCCUUUUCUUCGGUGACCUCUUUGCUGACGAUGGCCGAAGAAAUCACCCGAUGACGAUGAUGAUGUUCACUUUCACCAGUACGUAUUCCCAAGUCGCAAGAGCACUGAAAGCCGCACAGCCCGAGCGGUUUAUCAUCGUGGCCAUGGAGGAGAACCCAAGCGUGCCGAACUUGCAGGCGUUGACGGAAAAUGUCAUUGUUGCUGGCCCGGCCGACAACUGGAAUGCAAAUUUGGCAGCAGCGAUCAACAGCGUCAUUUGCAACGAGAAACCAGGUCGUGAAACCUUGCCCCCAACAAUCCCAAGCACAACAUCAGCGGCAUCGACAACGACGACCCCGAAAGUCACCUUUGCUCCACCAGCCACUACCACGAUCUCAACUUUCUGUGACAACUGCACACCAAAAGGCAACAUCCUCUUCAUUCUAGAUGCAGGCGCCGGAAAUGAUACCCUCUACGCUCAAUUCUCACUCGUCGUCCAACUCUCAAACAACAUCAACCAUCCGGAGCGUAUUGCCGUUGGUGCGUAUCGCGAUACGCUGGCCAACUUCCAGAUUCCGGUCGAAUACAAGGAACUCGUUUCCAUUGCCGAGCUCUACAAGCUUUUGACGUUGACGGCAUUUGGAGCAAAUACGGACUUGAGCACUGGCUUCCGGAAAGCAGACCUGGCCUUCGAACCCAGCGCAUUUUAUGGCAACCAACAAGUCAUUGUCUUUACCACAAAAGACGAUGCUGCUGCCAUCCAAAAAUCACAAGCCGCUUCGAGGAGCCUGAAGAAUAAGGGAAACGUCAUCUUGGUCGGCACAGGGUUGAGCACAUUGAGCGAUGGUUUAGCAAGUCUAGCAUCGUCUCAAGAAGCUCUUACCUGGCCGGAUCUCACCCAAACCAAGAAUAUCGAAGCUACGAUACUGGGACUAUUGCAAAAUCCACCUACAGGUCCAACAACUUCGCCUGGACCUACCACAAGCCCAGCCUUGACUACAGUACCCUCUACGCAACCAACCAGUACUGGAACAGACUCCCCAACCCCGCCCGAUCCUACGAAAUUUGGGUGCCACGUCGAUUUUGCGAUACUUUUUGAUAAUUCGGACGCCACCGGAAGUGCCGAUAACAUGCAAUGGACGGUCGACUUCCUCUCCGAUCUACUGAUUGGCCCUUGGGACAUUGGUGUAAACAGUCAAGCCGAAAUCAUAUUCUACACCAAGCGCCACUCACUCCUGGAACCAAAUGCUUGGAACUACGACUCGACCCAGGCAGUACAAAAGAAUUUCACGUCCUUUGAUCGGGUCUACUUCGGCGGACCUCCGAGUAUGACGGCCGGUCUUCAAAGCCUGCUGGGCUCCCUGGAUUCCCGUACGACAAACGACAGGAUGCUGACGGCAUUGAUGUUCACCAAUUCGAGCGGUUACGAAGACAUCAAAUCCGCCAUCGGUGUACGCGAGCAAAUCGAAGCAAAAUUGGGUGUUGACUUGUUCAACUUGAUUUUGAUUGGAAAUUCCAAGGAUUUGAAUGGUGAUUGGAUGCGAGCGCUGAGCGGUCGUGUCAUUAAUGCGGAGAGUUUUAACGAUGUAUUGUGUCGAUGGCUAAAUGAUCAUGCUUGCGAUCGAGCCGAUCCACCAGUGACGCUAGCGCCUCUUCCGACUUUAUCUACGGCACCAGUUCCAACGACUACUACCCCAUUUGUUCCUCCGACCACGAUCGCUCCGACCGUAACUCCGAUCACUUGUAAUAACUGUACUCCAGAGAUGGCAAAUAUUCUAAUUAUUCUCGACGCAACUUCAAAAGACCUCGAAUACCAAGCCAACCUCGUCACGAAGCUCACGGCAAAUUGGUGGCCCUGGGCUCGUGUGGCCUUGGGAGCAUUUUCGGAUAUCUUCCAGGAAAUCGCGCUCUUCGGUGAGAUCCGUACAGCAGAUGAAUUCGCGUUGGAGUUGAGCCAGAUCAAUCCCAGGCUUGGAAAGACCCCGAACCUGGCCAAUGGCUUCAAGCAGUCGUUCAACCAAUUUACGCCAAAUGCUAAUUACGGCAUUGAGAGGCUGAUUAUCUUGACUGGAACUGAAUCCGGAGUCGCAGCAGCCGCCCCGUAUGCCGAUGCCUUCAUGGCCAGAGGCACAGUGACCCUAGUCGGAGUCGAUAUGGACGAUAUCACCAACUUGGCACCACUCGCCUCUCCUGGAUUCGCCAUUCCAUGGCCCAAUCCGGAGAAAGAUGACAUGGACCUAUUUGUCGGGCUGAUUAACAGGACACUGUAUGGCCCGACACCCACGGGGGUUCCAUCUGCCGCAACAACGACGUUGAGACCACCUACGGCGACGCAACCGGCAACAAAGGCAACGACUUCGAACCCGCCAGUCCCAACCACAGCCAACCCCUGUCCGGACUGCAACCCACCAACCUCUAGCAUCCUCUUCGUACUGGAUCAGAGCAAAAACAACAAUGGGUUCGCCCAAAUGAAAGACGUUGUCUUGAAGUUGGCCCAACAGAUGAACCACUAUGAAAGAAUAGCUGUAGCUGCUUAUUCAAAGACCUUGGUCUCUGUGGCGCAAUACGGAGAUCUCAGAAGGACAGAAGAUCUGGCCGCUGACCUCGAAUCUAUCUACCAGGACGCCAGGGCCGAGAACAUGACAUCAGCAAUUCAAGCUUGCCUCAGCAAUGACUUCAAACCGGUUGCUCCAUUCACGACACAGCAUACGAUCUUCUUUACAGCUUCAGGAAGCAACGACGACGCUACACAAGCCGCAACGUUUGCUCAACAACUCGGAGCUAUGGGAACUCUGACCCCAAUCUCAAUCGUUACCCACCUCGUCUCGCUUGAUCAACUAGCGUUCCCGAAGUCUGACGCGAUCUAUUGGGACGAACUGACAAAGGGUGAUGCUGUGAUUGAGACAUUGAAGCAGCAGCUCGGAAUCGUACCAUCUACGUCAACUAGUGCACAGCCUACCUCGCCUACCGUCACUCCACCAGUCGGUACUACGACUACACCCGUGGUUGCGUCGACGAGCACAAAGUUGACGGUGGCUCCUACCGUCGACCCGUGCCCCGACUGCAAUCCACCGACGUCAAGUAUCCUAUUCGUACUGGAUCAAAGCAAAAACAACACUGGGUUUGCACACAUGAAAUCAUUGGUGCUCAGGCUGGCACAACAGAUGAAUCACUUUGAACGGAUUGCUGUGGCUGCGUACUCAAAGACUUUGGUCUCAGUAGCGCAAUAUGGAGACCUCAGAAGGAUCGACGAUCUAAUGGCUGAUAUGGAAGCGGUGUAUCAAGACGCUCGGACAGAGAAUAUGACCUCAGCACUUCAAGGAUGCCUGAGCAACGACUACAAGCCCGUUUGUCCAUUUACCGUUCAGCACACGAUCUUCUUUACGGCAUCGACAAGCAAUGAGGAUGCAACGCAAGCAGUGGCAUUUGCGCAACAGCUCGGAGCCAUGGGCACGCUGACGCCGAUCUCGGUCGUCAGUCAUCUGGACUCUUUGAACCAGUUGGCCUUCCCGACCUCAUACGCUAUCUAUUGGGAUGAUCUUACAAAAGAAGACGACGUCUUGGCAACUCUCAAUCAGCAGCUUGGCACGAAUCGUCGCCUCAAAUUCAACAACUGCGCCAACUACCUCACG